UCCUGAGCAGAUGUAUCUAAAAGCUAAGUGAGCAAGCCAGGAGGGAAAAGUCAGUAGCGUUCUUCCAUGGUCUCUGCUUCAGUUCCUGUCUCCGGGUUACCUUGAAUUCCUGAUUUGUUUUUCCUCAGUGGGCUGUAACCUGAGAUAGAUGACUGUAGUCUGAUUGGAAUGCAGAUGCCAACCUGGAGCCUUGGCACCCAAGGAGUAGUGCUCUAUAAAGGAAACUUUUCCCAAAGAGGCUCAAGGGACGGAUGGUUGUUAUUACUUCGUCCUAAGGAUGAAUGAGCCUGGCUUUUCCUCUGUAUAGAGUUACAUACUGGAUGAAAACUUGUUCUGCGCACCUACUUAACCAUCUCUAAGCCUUUUUGUCAAAGCCAAAGCGGAGUGACUUGGGUCUCUCUACGUGUUGCCAGGACUAUCAUUUUAAGUUCUCAGUGUCAGGUACAGCUCGGGACUGGGCCCCAUCUCCACUACUCCCUUCCUCAGGCUUCCAUGGAGGGUUCUUGAUGGACUUGAUUCUCUUCUGCCGGCUACUCCUGGGCAGGAGACAUGGCUCUGGUUAGAUGGGGGCUGAGAAGACAGAACUUCCAUCCAUUGAGGAGGAGGAGAGCAUUGCUGCUGAAGUUCACAGUCGUCAUUAUCUCUGUGCUUCUGUUUUGUGAAUAUUUCAUCUAUUACCUGGUCCUCUUUCGGUGCCAUUGGCCCGAGGUGAAGACCCUAGCCCAUGGAGGUAGGCAGGAGCCUGUACUGAAAGCCAUGUUUCUGGCUGACACUCACUUACUUGGGGAGAUAAGAGGCCACUGGCUGGACAAAUUACGAAGGGAGUGGCAAAUGGAGAGAGCUUUUCAGACAGCUCUGUGGCUGCUGCAACCAGAAGUUGUCUUCAUUUUGGGAGACAUCUUUGAUGAAGGGAAGUGGAGCUCCGCCCAGGCCUGGGCAGAUGACGUGCAGAGGUUUCAGAGGAUGUUCAGACAUGGCAGUCAUGUGCAGCUGAAGGUGGUCAUUGGCAAUCAUGAUGUUGGCUUCCACUACCAGAUGUGCAAAUACAGAAUAAAGCGAUUUGAGAAAGUGUUCGGCUCUGAAAGAUUGUUCUCUCUGAAAGGAGUUAAUUUUGUCAUGGUCAACAGCGUCGCAAUGGAAGGCGAUGGUUGUACCAUAUGCUCUGAAGAGGAAGCUGAACUCAGAGAGAUCUCUCGUAAGCUGAAUUGCUCCCAAGAGCAGGUGCAGGGAUCCAGUCAGUGUGACCUUGAGCCUCGGCUCCCCUUGUCUGCCCCCGUGCUGCUACAGCACUACCCGCUCUACCGGGCCAGCGAUGCUAACUGCUCUGGUGAGGAUGCAGCUCCUCCAGAGGAAAGGAGCGUCCCCUUUGAGGAGAAAUAUGAUGUCCUUUCUCGGGAGGCCUCACAAAAGCUGUUGUGGUGGCUCCGGCCUCGCCUAAUUCUGAGUGGCCACACGCAUAGUGCCUGUGAGGUGCUCCACCCCGGAGGAGCCCCCGAGGUGAGCGUCCCAUCGUUCAGUUGGAGGAACAGAAACAACCCAAGCUUCAUCAUGGGCAGCCUGACAUCCAGAGAUUACGCUCUCUCCAAGUGCUACCUCCCAUUUGAGGACACGGUGCUGACCACGUACGGUGCAGCGGCUGGCUUCCUCAUGAUCCUCACCUUAGUUCACUUUGAGCAUCUGCCCUCACUUCUUCUGUGUGGUUGGAAACUGUGCAGGUUGCGCAUGAGGAGAUGAAGAGCCGAUGACUGUUGCAUAUGGUAAUAUGAAUCAAAGCCAAAGACAUAGGACUUCCAGCGGGGCUCCUAUGAGUCACGGAGGAGAGCAAAUGUUGCUUGUUUCCUACAUACAUUGUGGGGAUUCUGAAUCUUCAAUGCCAGAGACUACAGAAUUAAUGGUUGACUGUACUGUUCUCACGAUACAAAAAUGGAACAUGUACUCUGCAACAAAUUCAUCUUUUCAUUUUAUGAAAUACAUGUAUAAUCAAAGGCUCCAUCUGUAAAGAAUGUAAAUGUCAUGGACACUACCACUCGAACACGUGACACACAGCCCCUUCUUCCACAGAAAGGACCCAGCAGCUUUGGUGCACACUCAUGGCUGUGUGUGCUCGGAAAAUUUGGUUUUUCUCUGUUCUUCUAUGAAGCGGCUCUCAGUUCCUUAUAGAUCAUGAAGUUAUAUGCUCAAAAGUACAGACUCAAUGAGUAGGACUAAAUAAAGGCUCUUGUUUUCUUGUGUUAACAGAAUUAGAUUUUUAGGUACGUGUAAUUUUCUUUCCAGGAGACCAUGUUAUCACAUCUGAAUUCAAUGCCUGCUCAUGAUUAAAAUUUGAAAAAAAAUUGGGGAGGACAUGGAUGUUUGAAUUAAAGAACAAGUGGUGUAAUAAUUCUGUCAGAUAAAGCACAUUCUUUUUCUUAC